AUGGGGCCCCCGGGCAAUAGGGGAUCAUGGGGCCCCUGUGUCCUUGCCCACACCCAAAAAGCCUAUGAAAAAGAAUGCACAUCUUCAGCCGUCAUCACCAGAACUGCCCAGCACUUGUGCCUCCAUUCACUUUACCAGGGUGUAUCUAAGCCAAAAAGCAAAGCUACCAUUCAGGGGUGGACUGACAGCUCAUGGGGCCCCCGGGCAAUAGGGGAUCAUGGGGCCCCUGUGUCCUUGCCCAAACUCAAAAAAUCCUAUGAAAAAGGUACCAGGGGCAUCUCAUGGGGCCCCCUACUGACCCCGGGCCCUCGGGCAGUGCCCGAGUUUCCAAAUGGUCAAUCCGCCCCU